AUGCCUUUGCCACCAACACCGUCCACCCGACCACAACUGGGGCUCUCGCCUUUCAAAUACGCUCUGAUUCUUGUCGGCGGUUUCGGUACACGUCUUAGGCCCUUGACUCUGUCAUGGCCCAAACCCCUUGUCGAGUUCUGUAACAAGCUCACCAUGUACAGCUUGCACCAGAUCGAGGCCCUUGUCAAGGCCGGCGUAAAGGAUAUCGUCCUCGCUGUCAACUACCGUCCCGAGGUCAUGGUGUCGGUCCUAAAAAAGUCAGAAGAAGAGUUCGGCAUCAACAUUCACUUCUCGGUGGAAACAGAACCCCUUGGCACUGCCGGCCCGCUCGCCCUCGCUCGUGAUAUCUUGGGCAAGGACGACACCCCAUUCUUUGUCCUUAACUCGGACGUCACCUGCACAUAUCCCUUCGAGGCUUUCCGUGACUUCCACAUCGCCCACGGCGCCGAGGGAUCCAUCAUGGUCACUAAAGUCGCGGAGCCCUCAGCAUACGGUGUCGUGGUCACCAAGCCCGGAAGCACCGUCAUUGACCGGUUCGUCGAGAAGCCCGUCGAAUUCGUCGGAAACCGUAUCAACGCCGGUAUCUACAUGUUCAACCCUAGCAUCCUGAACCGUAUCGAGCUCCGACCGACUUCCAUCGAAAAGGAGAUCUUCCCCGAGAUCGCUGCCGACGGACAAUUGCACUCUUACGAUCUCGCUGGCUUCUGGAUGGAUGUCGGACAGCCAAAGGAUUUCAUCUUGGGUACCUGCCUCUACCUCUCCCACCUUACCGCAACCCACUCGCCCCUCCUCACCGACCCCGCAAAGAACAAGUGGGUGUACGGCGGUAACGUCCUUGUCGACCCUACCGCAGAAAUCGACCCUACCGCCGUCCUCGGCCCCAACGUCGUCAUUGGUCCCGGUGUGAAGAUUGGCGCGGGUGUCCGUCUCCAGCGAUGUGUCAUUAUGAGCAACGCGGUGGUCAGGGAUCAUGCGUGGAUCGCGAACAGUAUUGUUGGCUGGAACAGCAAUGUCGGUAGAUGGACUCGCGUGGAGAACAUCACGGUUCUCGGUGACGAUGUGACGAUCAAGGACGAGCUGUACGUUAACGGAGCGUCUGUCCUGCCGCACAAGAGCAUCUCGAGCAGCAUCACCGAGCCCCGAAUCGUCAUGUAG